AUGGAAUCAGAAAAUAUUGAUCAAUCAAAUAAGAUUACCUUUUGUUUUAAUGAUCAACAACGUUUAGAAGCUGAAAAUAAACGAAAUUAUGCAAGAAGUUCAAUAGUUAAAAAAUCGAAUAAUAUUACAGAAAAUGAUCCGUGGAAAUUAAAACCAAUAGAUUUUUCUAUAAAAAAUUUUCAUCCUAAACCUCAUCGAAAACAUGAAUUAGCACAGCAGCUGCAGCAGCAACAUCAAACAUUAAUAGACAAAGAUGGUAGAAAAAGCAGAGAUGAUUCAAUAGUAAUGAAAUAUUUCUCACGUGAUUCUAUGCAAUUAUCAAAUACCGAAAAAAACAAUGAAUUUAUAACGAAUCGUAAUAUAGAAUAUGAACCAAUUGAAAAUAUCACAAAUAUAGGAAAAUUUAAAGAUCUAAAACUACAUGAUUAUAGAGGAUAUCCAAAAAUUGAAGAGUUAGGAUUACCUGAAUUUGAAACAAAUUAUGAUCGUGAUCCAUUUAAAAUUAAAUUUUUAUCAUCAAAUUUACAAACGUUAUGGAGACAUCAGUCUGAUAAACAAUUACGAAACGAUGAAAAUUCUUAUAUUCAAAUGUCUCGUGUUAUGACAGCAAGACCUCAAUGGGAUGCGAAAUUAAUUUUACCACAAUUAUGUUUUCCGACACCGUAUGCUGCUUAUACGCGAUAUCGAAAACCAAAUCGUACUCUUCAAAGUGCAUAUUGGGGUAGAGUAGAAGAAAAUUUAUCAAAGCAGAAACCGAAUAAACAACAACCAGAUUUUUCAAAAAUAAACAUGUCCAACAGUAUACAUGUUGAAUGA